GUCAUGUUAAACAUUAACAUUUUCACAGCUAAAUGCGAGCGGAACUUUUUAGGACGAAACCGAUUUUCUCGCAUUCUGUUGAAGUCAUUCGCUCCAAAAUUGGAUAUAUAGGGAGGUCAGUCACAGCACAAAGACACGUACGCAAGGCACUUCCAUUUCACAAUCACAACAGUCCAGGAGAGAGAGGUCUCUUGUUGUAUGCUGUUCACACCACUUCUGCACUUAGACCACACAUGGAGGAUAUGACCUCAGAGUGUCAAGGUCACUGCUUGUGCCCCAGGCUCCAACAUUAACUCAGUGAAUGUUUGAAGCGUGACCCAACAUCCAACUCAAAAGAUAAAGUACCCAGCAUCCGACUUGUGACUCACGGUUCCUUCCAAGACACAUGCAAGUCAUUACCAACAAGCGUCCCAUUUAGUCUGCAGUUUGUACCUGUAGGAAGAGCGACUUUGGGUGUACAUGUAGAUGAACCACAUUCCUCUAUGAUGUCCAGGACUGUGUGAAGAACGUACACUGACGUGACGGCUACCAAGGAAGCAGCCAUGUCACGGCGGCUUCGAGCCUCCAGUGGCUCCUACAACGUUCGAGCCAAUGAGAUUGCCCGGGAAAAGCAGGAACGGAAGAUGCGUUGUCUGGUUGGUUUCCUUGACGACACAGAAGAGAUUUUUGAAAUUGACAGGCGAGCCAAGGGCCAGAUCUUGCUAGAGUUGGUCUUCAACCACCUGGACCUGAUAGAAUGUGACUACUUUGGCCUGCGCUACUCGGACAGCUUGACCAACGCCGACUCUAAGAGAUGGUUGGACCCCAUGAAGUCCAUCCGAAAACAGGUCAAAGGACCGAUGUAUUUCACCUUUGCCGUCAAGUUCUUUGUCUCAGACCCAAGCAAACUCCAGGAGGAGUACACCAGAUACCAAUACGUCUUGUAUCUGAGGAAGGACUUGUUGGAAGGAAGGCUGACGUGUUCCUUCAACAUGGCGGCACUUCUGGCUUCAUACAUUGUACAAGCUGAAUUGGGUGAUUAUGACCCUGAGGAACAUCCCCAGGGUUACCUCAAGAACUUCAACCUCGUUCCCGACCAGACUGAAGAAUUCACCCGUGAAGUGGAGCACCUACACAAGGCAAACUUUGGUCAGCUGCCCGUUGACGCCGAGUUUAACUUCCUUCAGAAAGUGAAGAACUUGGAGAAAUAUGGAGUUGACUUCCACAAUGCAAGGGACCAGUCAGGGCUCGAGAUCCAGAUAGGCAUCACGUCGCUAGGCAUCGUCGUCUUCCAAAACAACGUCCGCAUCAACACCUUCUCCUGGGCCAAGAUCAUCAAGAUCUCCUUCAAGAGGAGGCAAUUCUUCAUCUGCCAAAGACGGGAGCUGCACGAGACAAGAGACACAGUGAUUGGCUUCAACAUGGCCAGCUACCGACAUUGCAAGAACCUGUGGAAGUCUUGCGUUGAGCACCACACGUUUUUCAGGCUGGUAGAACCUCAGCCGCAGCCUAAGAAACGAGUCUUCUUCCAACUGGGCUCCAAGUUCAGAUAUAGCGGGAGAACGGAAUAUCAGACGGUGGAGGACGCCAAGAGGCGACUAGCCUCCAAAGAACGGGAAUUCCAAAGGUCACCAAGUAAGAGGUUAUUCAGGCGGACAAUCAGUGGAACAACAUCAGAGAUCAUCAGGACGGAAACGCGGAGUCUCCCGUCCAGAACAAGCAACCAUAAACCACUGCUCGAUAACCAUACAGUGAGUAGCAGCCUGCCAACCAGGUCAUCCAAACACAAAUCACUAGGACUCAACUACCGUAACCGACAGUAUUGCAGCAGCUAUGACGGGCAUGUGCCUGGCUCGCCUAAUGGCAUACGUGAGAACGGUAUCUCCAAGAGCGAGGAGCUACUGCAUCCUCCCAAGAUCAUGUUCAUGGACGACGGCGGGAGUGACCUCAGCCUGACAGAGAGGUCAUAUGACCUGUCGAACGACGGACCAACGCCCAACGGAACUUCGCCCACGGGCGACCCACUGGUAUCUAUACGCAUGAAAAGUGACGAUAGAGGGCGCUUUGGGUUCAAUGUUAAAGGCGGGGCCGAACAAGGCAGUCCAAUCAUCGUGUCAAGAGUGGCACCAAACACACCAGCCGACCAGUGCAUCCCCCGGCUUAAUGAAGGUGACCAAAUCCUCUUCCUGAAUGGUAAAGACCUGACACAGUACACCAAUGAGCAAGUGGUCAGUACCAUUCGCUCCAUAGGGGAGUUGGGAAACAAAGACCUCUUACUCACUGUCAGACCGAAUGUUUAUGUCGGUGAGGCAGUUGAGGAGGAGCCAGCCUUUCAGUACAUACCAGAGAGCCCUCGUGUGCCCAACGGCGGUAUGGAGAGUGACCCACUCGUUGAGUCUAUCAUGAUGCUACAGGAAGGCCUGGAGAGCGGCAUGGCAUUAACACUGUUUGAGCAACUGUACAGGAAAAAGCCUGGCAUGACAAUGAACGCCUGCAGACAUCCAGAUAACAUUGCCAAGAACAGAUAUCGGGAUAUAUCUCCCUACGAUGCCACAAGGAUAACGCUUGAAGGUGCUGAAAGUGGUGAUUACAUCAAUGCUAACCUAAUUAAGAUGGAGAUUCCUGUGAGCAACAUUACCAACCUCUACAUAGCAGCUCAGGGCCCUCUACCAAACACCUGUGGGGAUUUCUGGUACAUGGUUUGGGAACAAGAGUGUUCACUGAUUGCCAUGCUCACCACCAAUGUGGAGAGGGGAAGGGUCAAGUGUCACAAGUACUGGCCAGAGCUAGGUCAGAAGUUGUUAUACCCUCCCCACCUGGAGGUGGCGUGUACAGGGUCUGAGGAGACACCAUCCUUCGCCUACAGGGACUUCAUGAUCACUCAUACAGAGACUGGUGAAACUCGCAAGGUGCUUCAAAUGCAAUACAUAGCGUGGCCCGACCAUGGGGUGCCAGACGACUCAUCUGACUUCCUGGAUUUCGUAAUCAGAGUCAGACAGCACAGAGUUGGCACCACAGCACCUACAUUAGUACAUUGCAGUGCUGGAAUUGGUCGGACGGGAGUCCUCAUCACCAUGGAGACAGCAAUGUGUCUCAUCGAGAGCAACCAGCCAGUCUACCCACUGGACAUUGUCCGGACGAUGCGUGACCAACGAGCCAUGCUGAUCCAGACGACAGCCCAGUAUCGGUUUGUGUGUGAGGCCGUCCUUCGCGUCUACAUGGAGGGGAUUGUAGGCCCCCUUGAUGAGUUCAAGACGAACGGCCACCGAGAUUCUUAACACUUCUUUCUCUCCACCCCUCACAUCCCACCCCCCAAACACUUCGACCCAUCCCUGAAGACUGUACCCUCCCGAGCCUCUUCAGUUGACCCAGCUACACUGCCGACCUUGGCCAAUAGCCUAAGUAGUCGGCAGAAUAAAAACUCAUCUUGAAAAUGAAAUGAACAAAAGCUAGGCCUACUUGCUCCUGCUCCAUGCUAUCCAGUAGCCAGUGAGAAAACAAAAUCCCUGAUGGGAUCACUCAGACAGGAUUCAAACCCAUGACCAUCUACUUAGAAAGGCAUCUGUCUCAGCCGAGCUUGCCAAGGUUGAUGUGUCCAAUGUGAGGCCAACAUAAUACUGGAGAUAUCAGUCAGUAUGGAAUGGAAAAGCCUUGUACAUCUGCUCAAUGUGUAUUGCCAAAUGAGUAUGGCUUAAGAGGGGCACCUUUUCAGACUUUCUGUACCGGUGUGGCAGUCUCAGCUGUCUCAGCGAUCCCCCUGAAUAGCCGGACAUUAAACGGACGACUUUCCCAUUGUUGUGCGCAGAGAUGGCAUGACGUAUUUUACCAUAUUUGGUAAGGGGGACCGCUGAGACCGGAAAACAGCAGAGACCGCCACACCGGAUCAGAAAAUACUGCAUAAAUGCCUAGUUGAAAGCAAGUCACAUUCUUUGUCGCCAGGGCAGUGUGUGAACUGUGAAAUGUCUUGAGUCUGAAUCUUCAGUGUUUUUGCUUCCAUUUUGGUUGUUCAACACGUGGCGUAUAAAGAAGCAAUCGGCCAACCAGGAAAGCCUUACCAUAUGUAGACCUCUGUGAAAUAUCAACUGCACGUUCAGUACAAUUCUCAUCACCAGUUUGAACCGAGAUCAAGAUUACUAUAGAGAAAGGGAGUCUAAUAUAUAAAGUUUUUGGACAUGUAGAUCGUGUUGCUUGGAAGUUAAAGUUUGGGUAGUGUCCUCUGUUAUAGGUGGAAGACUUUGCUUAAUUUUGUUUGUUAUGUCUUGUUUUUGCUUUUUUUUUCAUUUGUUUCGUUUUAAACAAAACCUUGUUAGUUGAAAUCAAACUAUUUAUUAUUUGUAAAAUACUUCUUUAUAGUCAAUAUUUUUAAUCAUCUUUCAAAUCGUGUCAUGUUUAUGACUUGUAUCACUGAAAUUAUACACUCUCACCUUUUUUUAAAUGUUACUGUUCUGUUUCAGAUGAUUGUCCAAAGUUUCAACAAGGUAACUAUCACAAAUCUAAUAAUCUGAUUUUCUCCUACUCAAACUCGCAGAAAUGGUAGCACAAAAUUCUACCCAGCUAAAAUUUACACACCGUUUAAAUAACAUGCACUGUCAUGUACAUUACACAGCUAACUCCCCCCCCCCAAAAAAAACACACAGGGAUAUUUGGGUUACAUUGGACAUGAACGUAAGAGGGUCCUUCAGUUUGGCUUCCAAGCCAAUACACAUUUAACAAGUUUUAUCUCUUUAUUUUCUCCUUUGAAGUUCCCAUCAGUCAUACCUCCCCAUCCUCAACCCCCCCCUCAUUUGUGUGUUUGUAUUUGUUUUCUCCAGAGGUUGUGACCUUGUAAAUAGUUGAUAAAAGGAAUUUAGUAAGGAGCUUUAACUUCAAAAGGUGCUUUUUUGGAAAAAAAGUUAUAAUUUUUACACACAGUGUGUUGUCAUGCUUUUUUGGAUUAAUUUAUGUUGCAGUCCAAAGGUUUGGCUAGAGAAUUAUGAUGUCUGUUUCCCUUGUAAAAGAUCACAAGUGGUUGUAGAAAUGAAGGGAUAAACAGAGAAAUCAGGAAAAUGUCCACACUUCAGCUGUAAGCACAGCUUUGAAAACGUUUGACAAAUUAUAAAAGUUGCUCACUUGAAAAUGCAAAUGGAGGAAAGAUAUUAUACUGUAUCGUGAAAUUCAAGAAAUCAGAGAAAUCCAGAAACUUAUGGAAGUUUGGAAUUUAAACUUAUUUGAAGUCACCAAAUUGUGUUAUGUCUAGAAUUAGCCACGAUGUGAAAAUCGUGAAUAGUUUCAACAUCCACUCCUUGCUGAUCCAUGACCAGUUCAUGCCAAACUUCCAUGAUUAUAUGUGAAAAUAACAUGUCAACGUUCAUGGAUUUGCCAAGAGAGAUACAUCGUAAUGGAUCAGUGUUUGAUAGACUGUCUUCAUCAGCACUCAACUUAAGGCCUUCUGCUCUCACAAGAGUGAGCGUUAUUUGGAUAUGCCAAAAAAAUCUACCAGAAUGCAUGUACAUUAAAAGCCAAACAUCCUGUACAAAGAUUAUUUUUUUUAAAUGUAUGUACAAAGGACGAGUAAAUACUUCAAAAGAAAUCAGAUGUUUGGAGUUUGAAUAUUAAGUUGGAAUGCUGAGAUUUGUGUUAUUUUUGUUUGGUUCUCUUUAUGAAGUGACUGUUGUCAUGGUGAUUGUCUGUGGUUCUGUUAUUUAUUGUGUGGUCCAGAUAUGCACACAUUUCACACUAUAACAACAGCGAAAUGGCAAUUUUGAAGAUCACCAAAUUUAUGCAGUGUCAGAAAUCAGAUUGAAAUGUUUGAAAUUAGCACCUGAUUACAGAUCGGUUUUAAGAGGAAUCACGAUACAAAGAUACCUCUUAUCCUGAAGAGCAGCACUUGAAGACAAGUCUAUUUUACUGUCUGACUGUUGAUGAUGUUAAAUUGUCUUGGAAAUUGGUAUGAAGUGCAAAAUGUUGGUUUACGGAGUGGAAGCUGCAAGAUGCCCAUAGAUGUGCACAAAGAAUCGACUGCUCAGGAACUUUGGGAGAAAAUGAAUAUGAUCAUUUUCCUCCUGUUAAAAAUAUGGUUACCUCGCCUACACCCUCUGAAGAAGGGCAGAUCUGGCAGGGGGCACUGGGGGUCAGGCCCCCCACCACCACCAGGGAACUCUACAAUUUUUAAUUUAAAAAGGAUAGAGGGGCUCUUUUUCGCCUCUAAUUCACUUGUUUCCUUCCCAAAGCAUGUAAAAAGCCCCCCCAAAGUAGUCCCAUCCUAGAAAAGCUAUAAAAAGUGAAAACAUUUCCAAAUUCUCCCCCUCCCCCGCCAAAAAAAGUUAGGCCCCCGAAAAAGUAGUUUUGGAUCAACUCUUGGCUCCAAAAUACUUUAUCAGUCACAUGAAAGUAAAUGGCUUGCCACUGGGUGAAAAGAUGAGAAAAAGGCUGGUUUUUAAUCCCCAGUACUUGCCAACAUCUGUAACAUCCUAGCUGAAAAGAAUGGGCUUCAACAUCAGUUUCAGAUGCCUCUUUUUCCCCAUCUGAAUUGUUAUCUGUGAAAUUGCAUUCUUUUCUACUUCCUCGAUGAUCAUAACACACCUGGCUACAGGAGAAAUCUUUCUAACACUGGGAUGCGUAAAGUGCAUAGGCUUUCCACCAAAUGGCAUCUUGCAGUUCUGGUUUUACCAAUUGUUUGAACCUGGAGAGUGCCUAUUUAAUAAAUAUUUUGUGUAUUUUUGCAUAGUGGGCUUUUGUCUUGUGUUUUAUACGUAAACAUGCAUGUAAAAUUUUUCAAAAAGCCUGAACAUUAUUUAAUUUCAUACAAAGUGUAAGAAAAAAGUUUGCUAAAGUAAAAAAAACAAGUUGUGUAUUCUUGAUGCUGCUGCAGAUAGAUCAGUAGUAUAUUUAUAGUGCAAUUUUUUUUUCAUCAUGCACUCAUUAAUGUUGUAGUUUUUGAACUUUUUUCUUUAUUUAACCAAGUCUUUCCUUGAUUUUGAUAAAUACCCUAAAAGGGACCAGUGUCUUAAUUUAAACAAACGUAUGGUUCCUGUCCCAGAGGGUGAAUUAAUGGUUGCCAUAGCUACGUGAUUUAAACUUUCCUGAAGUUGUUCAAAAAGACAGACUUUUCAGAUGGAAAUAUAUUUCAGGUUCUACUACCCUUUCAUUAAUUUUGAUCCAACAUCAAAAGUUUGUGCUGCUUGCGACGUUGGAUUUGCUGUUACUGAAAAGACCCACAAAUUAGAAAAAUGUACUUUGAAAUAGAUCGACUCUAAUUCUUCAAAACGUUUAGAAAUCCCACAAAGAACAGCAGUAAAUAACAACUUGCACUGAAUUAGCUACACCAUUUAGAUAGAUGUAUUAACCAACCUCAACUUACUCUCUUACCUUCUGGAGUCUUGCAAGAUCUUAAAAAUGUUUAUUUCAAAGUUUGGAAGAAGUGAAGAGACCCUCAGCUAAAUAUUUGAAAACACAGACUGAGCACUGUGAAGUGUUUUCUCAAAACUCCCCCUUUUCACGCCGAGUUUUUUAAAUCAAAUGUGAAUAAAUUUAACAUAUUGCGUAAACUGCUGUGCUGUAAACAGAGCCUUACAUUUUAUUUUACUCGUGACAAAGCUUGGUCUUUUUCUUUUUUUCUCUCGGAAAAUAAUAGUGUGAAUGUACAUACGUUUGUGGAGGUAAUUAGGCCGCGAAUGUACCAUACAGAAUAACUGCUACUGCCAAUGUAUAAAUGGACAGAAAUAAAAUGAUUUUGUACAUAAACAGAGGAAACAUGA